GUAUCGAGCGGGCGGCGGCAGUGCCGAGGAUGGAGCCGCCGACGGCAGCCGGCCCGGCCGCGCCCCGGCCGCUCGUCAACCCCGACGAACAUGGAGAGGUCGACACCUCCAGAUACCCGGCGCCGAAGGAGGCGACGCACAAGGUGCGCGGGCGCUCCGACCUGCUGGAGAUGAUGUGCGGCGCCGACGCGGUCGACCCCGAGCUGCUCACCGUCAAGACCUUUUAUUUCUUCUUUUAUUCUGCUUUCGGCUCCCUGUUCCCCCUGAUGGGAGUGUACUUCAAGCAGAUGGGCAUGAACGCGGGGCAGUGCGGCUUGCUGAUCGGCACGCGGCCGUUCGUCGAGUUCCUGUCCGCCCCGUUCUGGGGCAGCCUGGCGGACCGCUGGCAGAAGGGCCGCCUCUUGCUGCUGGCCUCGCUCGGGGCCUGGGUCGUCUUCACGCUACCGUUGAGCUGGGUGCAGCCGGACGCAGUAGCGUGCGUUCAGCCCCUGGCCAACGGCAGCGGCUACGAGCUGGUCUCCCCGAAGUACGACGAGGACUGGCCCGCCGUCCCCCGCAAGUUCAAGGGCCCGCAGACCAGCGGCCGGGAGGGCUCCCCGCUGCCCGUCAACGACGCCACCAACUUCGACCCCAACACCCAGAGCGACUGGGUCACGCCGUUACAUUCCUACAUUGUGUAUAGGACCCCUAACAUCCAGAAGACGUUCUUCUUGCUGCUUCUCCUGGUCGUCAUCGGGGAGUUCUUCAGCGCCCCCGCCAUCACUCUGGCCGACUCCGCCGUCAUCACUCUACUGGGAGAGGACGCGGACCGAUAUGGGCACCAGCGCAUGUUCGGGUCCCUGGGCUGGGGGCUGGCCAUGUUCUUCGUGGGCAUCGCCCUGGACCACAGCACGGCCUUCAGCUCGCACCCCUGUGGAGGCCCGCAGCGCUAUGAGAAGAACUACACGAUUUGCUUCGCGACUUUCUCCGUGUUGAUGGGCGCCGCGCUUAUGACUGCUUCGCAGAUCAGAUUUAAAUACGAGUUCGCGAGCGCCGAAGUCCUGGCGCCCGAGGCGGUGGUGGCUCCUAGCGAGCCCACGCACGAGGAGAAACUCCAGCAGCAGCUCGCGGAACAGCUGCAGCUCCCGGGCCUCGACACCAGCGCGCCGCCGCUGCUGCAACCACCUGUACAGCACGCCAAGGUGUUCGCGCAGACGACGCGCGAGAUGCCCGAGUGGGUGACAGUGCUGCGGCAGUUCCAGAACGUGAAGGCGGCGUCGUUCCUGCUGGUGGCCUGGUUCAUGGGCUUCGGCAUCGGACUCAUAUUCACCUUCCUCUUUUGGCAUCUCCAGGACAUCGGCGGCUCACCCACACUGUUUGGCGUGGCGUCCGUAAUCAACCACAUCUCCGAAAUCUUCGCCUACUUCUUCAGCUUCAAGCUCAUCACGCAGAUGGGCCAUGUCAAGGUGCUGUGCCUAGGCCUCGCAGGCAACGUGGUGCGGUUCCUGUACAUCUCGUGGCUGACGGACCCCUGGUGGGUGCUGCCGUUCGAGUUCGUGCAGGGCGUGACGCACGCGGCGGUGUGGGCCGCCUGCUGCAGCUACAUCGCUCACGGCGCGCCCCCGCAUCUGCGGUCCUCAGCGCAGGGGGUACUGCAGGGUCUCCAUCACGGCCUGGGGCGCGGCUGCGGCGCCGUGCUGGGCGGCAUCGCGGUGGCCAAGUGGGGCACCACGCGCACCUUCGCCGGCUACGGGCUGCUGUGCGCCGUCGCGCUCGCCGCAUUCGCCUUCGUCAACUUCCGAGGAGGCGAGACUGAGGUGACGGCCGGCAGCGCGGCGGCGGACGAGGAGGCGCGCGCGGUGGCGGAGGCCGGCGUGCUGGCGCCGCACGGGGUGCCCUCCAACCCGCUGCCGCGCGCGCUGUCCUCCACGCGGCUCGCCGACCUGGCGCACCACGACCAGUACGGAGCCACGCAGAGCUACGCCGGCGCCGAGAGCCUGGGCGUGCCGGGACAGGCGCCCGCCCCGCGCCCCGCCAACCCCUUCCUGGCGGAGCAGCAGCAGGCCUACAGAUAAACACGACGACCCACCACCGCGAACAUGAAAAUCGGAAUAAUAUAAGAGUUUCAGAAGUAACAAGUUCUGGUCAAUGAGAUGUCGCUGUCGAUGAUCAUAAAACCUUAACGUUUUGAUUUUAUA